CUAAAAUUAGAAUGAACGUUUCUUUCCCCUAACUAUUUUGUCGCCUAAAAUUAGACAUGAAACUUUUGCAAAGAAUAAUUAGUAAACAUAUUGUUAAACGAAUGAACAGAAAAUAUUCUUCUCACGAAAAUCCGUUGGGUAUAAAACCUCAGUCUAGUGGUGUGCAGAAUGAAAGGAUGACUAGAGGUCUUCCUAAAAGAUUACCCAUAGCAGGAGUGGAUAAGGUUAUAGUAGUAGCUUCUGGAAAAGGAGGUGUUGGAAAAUCUACCACUGCAGUAAACUUAGCUUUAGGAAUAUCUGCAAAUGAUCCUACAAAACAAGUUGGUUUGUUGGAUGCUGAUAUCUAUGGUCCAUCAAUACCAACAAUGAUGAAUUUACACGGAGAGCCUGUACUUAAUAACCAAAAUUUGAUGGUACCAUUAAUCAAUUUUGGAAUAAAAUGCAUGUCAAUAGGUUUUCUUGUGGAUGAAAAGUCAGCCAUAGUAUGGAGAGGACCUAUGGUUAUGUCAGCAGUACAGAAACUUAUAAGGCAAGUAAUGUGGGGUCCACUGGAUUACUUAGUUGUUGAUAUGCCACCUGGAACAGGAGAUACACAGCUUUCAUUGUCACAAAAUAUACCUAUUGAUGGUGCUGUUAUUGUAUCAACACCACAAGACAUAGCUUUACUAGAUGCACGAAGAGGAACUGAAAUGUUUCACAAAGUAAAUGUUCCUGUCCUGGGUCUUGUACAGAAUAUGAAUGUGUAUAUCUGUCCUCAAUGUGGUCACACAGAACACAUAUUUGGUAAAGAUGGCACAAAGAAGUUAGCGGAUGAACUCAAUUUAGAUAUUUUAGGAGAUGUACCAUUAGACAUACAGAUAAGAGAAGGAAGUGAUUCCGGCCAGCCAGUUGUUGUUGCAUCACCAGACAGUUUACAGGCUCAAGUUUAUUUAGAUAUAGCAAAGAAAGUUACAGAAAAACUUCAUGCCAAAACAUCAACAUUGCCUAAAGGAUGAUUGUGGUUAUAAAUUGGGUUUUUUUUUAUCAAAAAGUGUGUGAUGUGAACAUCAACAGUACCUUAACUAUAAGGAUACAUACAUAUUUCUAAUUUCUAUAGCAGGCCCGUAGCCAGGAAUUUCCAAAGGGGGGUUCGUUUGACUCACAAACUCGACUUUAACAGUCACAAUUCGAAAAGAACAUUGACUUUAACAGUGCUUAUUUGUUUUCAAGGGGGGGUUCGUCCGAACCCCCCGAACCCCCCCUGGCUACGGGUAUGUAUAGACACAAAUAUCUGUAUCAACUGAAGGCAAUUGCACAUGGAUUCCUUGAUUAUCAUCUAGCACCAUAUUAGCAUAGAAUGAAAAAUGAAUUGGGAUUGUAUUGAAUCGCUUGCCAGUAUCAUACCAAACAUGUCUCAUAAAUAAAUAUGCUUUUGUAUACUAUUACUUGAAAUGAUGUUUGUUUAUUGUCUGUUGACCCGUGGUGACCUCAGUGAACAUUUGAAUGCACCUGUGGCAUCUUACCAUUAUGUAAAUGUGUGUUAGUUGCUUAAUGGUUACAAAAUAUAACUGCUGAUCAGGUUGAUUUUGUUAUCAUAAUUUGUAAUUUAUAUUCAGUAGAUGUUUAUGUAUAUAAACUCUAUUGUAGAUAACAGGAUUAAAAAUUUGUAACAUCUUG